AUGGCUUCCGACCUAGAGGAGGCAAAGACUCACCUCAGAGAACACGGAUGGGUUCGUGUCCCGUCGGUUCUCACAACAGAAGAGGCUGCUGGCGUACUUGACCGGCUAUGGAAGGCAAAAGCAGCGGCUGAAGCUCGUGGCGAGGACACAUACCUGUCGUUCCUGGACCCCAACCCCAGCAACGUGCGGGUGUUCUACUUGCUAGAGCUCGACAAGAUCUUCCGUGAGCUCAUUGCUCACCCGACUGCCAUCUCCAUGGUCAAGGCCGUACUGGGGGAGAACUUCCUCAUCAGCAACUUCACUGCAAACAUUGCCCGACCCGGAUCGCAGAGUAUGGCCUUGCAUUCGGACCAGAGUAUCGUCUUUCCCGAUCCGUGGCAGAACGUCUGGGCGCUCAAUGUCAUCUGGUGUCUGACGGAUGUCAACAAGGAGAACGGUGCAACCCAAUACAUACCCGGAUCGAAUAAGUGGGUUUAUCGCAAGGAGGUGCCCGAUAAUGCGCCAGAGAUACUAGUCUCUUUCGAAGGUAAGGCCGGCGAUAUCAUUGUCAUGGACGGUCGUGUGUGGCACACCUCUGGUAGCAACAUCACCGAGGAUCAGGAUCGGGCACUUCUGUUUGGAUAUUACACCGCACCAUUCAUGCGUCAACAGGUCAACUGGACAGCCAAACUUCCCAAGGAAGUUCAGGAUACCUGUAGCGAGGAGCUGAAGGAGUGGCUUGGCCUCAAUCCUGUAGGGAAUAUUGGCAUGACGGGAGAUCUGAGGUAUAUGUCGGUGCAGUACCCUGACGAUAAGAAGAAGGCACGCGAGACGGUUGCGGCUGGUUGA